AUGAACCCCCCCGACCGUCCCGACGUUACGCCCCCCUCAAAAAUCAAGCACGCCACGCGCAGCCCAGUCUGUCUGCCGGACAUCCCGUUGCCCGCGCCUCCGCCCAUGGCCAACAUCAUGAUGACGUCACGGUUCGAUCUGCAGACGCUAGGCGGGUUCGGGUACCGCCGGAUCCUCAGCACGACGCGAGGAUCAGAAUAUGAAAGAUCACCGGUGCUGAGCAGGUGCACUGCGCCUGUGCAUCACCAGGGGGAGCAUGCCCUCAGCUACGAGGAAGCGUCUCCCGAGUACCAAAGCGUCUUCUACAACGACCACUACAUGUCCGACAUCGACGAGAACGAAGAAAUCAAGGAGUUCCUUUGCGGGUACAACGCACCAGAGCGUAGGCAUUCCGACCACUCGGAGAAGCAACUUCCUUCCGGAUGCGCGGGCAACUUCAACUUCAACACUCUGCCGCAUCCGGGAUUCCGGAGCGUGGGGCAGCGCAGCUUUGGGAGCAACAGCUCGAUGAAGAGCUCGGACUAUUACGUGUGCAGCCCUUUGCCGGUGAGGAAGGCUGAAGCUGGCGGCAGCGUCUUCAAGAGUCCGCAGAGGACGAUAGAGGGGAUUUUGAGGGAGAUGAAAAGGGCCGAAGAAUCAUUCGAUUGUCGAGGUUUGAACUACUCCAUAAGGGAAAGUUUCCUGAGAAGUUGA